CCAGGCGCUAUAACGUUUUGAAGGUCGCUGAUCAUGUGUGUUUGAAAUGGAUUUUAGUAAUUUGCACUGCUUUGUGGGCAAGGGUAUGAUUUCUACUGCAUCCUCUGCCACCAUAAAUACAAAUACCAGUGAACGAGAUUGUAAAAUUGGUCAGCUGCAAUAUCAGCAACAACAGUUGCUCCGUCAAAGUACUCCUUACAAUUUCAGUUCUUGGGAUUGGAAUGCUGUGAAUAUCAUGAAUAAUAAUAAUAAUAAUAAUAAUAAUAAUAAUAAUAAUAAUAAUAAUAAUAAUAUUGUUAACGGGACUCAACAACCAAUUUGCAAACCUUUGUUUCCUGAAAAUGACGUCAUGAAGAUGAUCAAUUUUAUAAAACAGGAAAAUUAUGCUCCUACAAUGAUUAAUUCAGCCAGCUUCAGUCAUGAAAAUAAUAAUAAACAAGGGUUUGUACGGGAAACUCAACCGUCAUUGAAUAAAUUAAUUGAAAUGGGCUAUCCAAAUCAGCAUUGCCCUUAUCCUUUAGAUCAUUUACAUUCACAAUUUCAAUUCAAUCAAAGUAGAUGCUCAUCAACUACAACACGAUAUAAAGAACCAACUGUUCGUAAUGAAGAAAAUCCUGUUUAUUCUGAAGCUGAUAAUAAAUCAAGCAUUCAAGAGGAUCCAUCAUCAAUGGAUAAGAACAGCAAUUGUAAAAGCGAAAAGUUCGCAUGUGAACAUUGUGAAAAGAAAUUCAAGACAAAGUCUUAUUUGAAUGAACAUGUGAAAGUUAUUCAUGAAGGUAUUUUAAUUCAAUGUGAUGAAUGUGGCGAUGGAUUCAAGUCUACUAGUUCACUUAAAAAUCAUAUAAAUUUAGUGCACAAAGGUUUGGGAUUUCAAUGUCAUUAUUGUAAUAAAGUGUUUACACAGAGACAUACCUUAAUAAUACAUGAAGAAUGUGUUCAUAAAGGUAUCAAAAUAUCAUGUAAUCAUUGUAGCAAAAAAUUUGCAUCUCGAUGGUAUUUAAAAGAACACAUCACAAUCGUCCAUGAAGGUAAGUUGGAUGUUGUUUUGUUUCAUAAAUUUCCUGUUUGACGCUCAUUCCUCUACAUAACUGUUAAACAAUAAGUUGAUAUUCGUGUAACUGACCGAAGUGUUUUCGUAUACCUUGAGACUAAUGUAAGAUGGUAUUAUUACUUGUGUACAUUAAUUUCUAUCGCAAGCUGAUGUCAGUUGGAGAAACACUGGAGAUAAACAUGUGAUGGAUAAGUGUUUAAUUCUAAUUUGAAUCUCUUCAGUUUUUGCGGAAAAUUCACAAAAAACACUGUAAUUAAUUGAUUGGUUGACUCAGCACUAUGGUCUCUACAACCUCGGACGAUCCUUAAUGUUAUGUGGUCAUUUACUAUAGAGAAUAACAAAGGUAAAACGGAGCACUGGUUCAGUGCUUCCUGG